CGUGGUUUGGUUGUGGUGGGGUUGCAGAGCGUAGUAAAUAUUGCAGGAAAAAGCAAAUAUUUAACGUCCAGUCUUGGAUGGUCUUCAUUCGGACCUCCAAACAUCCCGAACACCUUCAACGCCUCCGCAAUCAACACCGCAACACCACCAAUAUACACCACCAAUCCAUGCCCAAGAGCCCCCAGAUCAACUGAAAAAUGACAGACCCAGCCAUCCAACUCGCCGAGACCAUCCAAACCGCCUCCAUAAACCCCCAUCCCUCAGCAGCCCAUGACAUCAAUCCGUCCACAACGACCUCGCAAAAGGAGCCGGUCACCAUCAGAACCUACCAUCAUCGCUCUCCCUCAUAUGCCACCUCCAUAUCAACAGACAUUGUCGACCCUAGCCGGUCAAUACGGCCUCUACAGCGUGCCCCCUUGCCGCCUCUACCGGACCUGCGCUUCGAGCAGAGUUACCUAGCCAGCUUGAAGGGGGCGGAGACGUGGCAGAGGGUUGCGUGGAUUACAUUACGGGAUCAGGUCUUCCUCCCCCUACUACAAGGGACCCUAUGGACACUCGCCCUCACUGGCUGGCGAUAUUGGAAUCGUGGAGCCCAAUUCACCGGCCAGACGCUGGGGACCAGGAUCCGCAGGUGGUGGUGGGAAGUCAACAACUGGAAGAUACCGCAGUCAUGAAUGAGAUAAAAGUUAUGAAAAAUACAUGUAUAUAAGAAUUCCAACAUUCCGAUAUUUGGGAGAGUAUUUUUUUAUCAUACCCAACUAGCUGUGCAACCACGGGAUUUUUUCACACGCUGCCCCUGUACUCAGCGCGUCCGCCGGUCCAGUUGCGUUUAAGUUCGACCUUCGGGAGACUCUCUACCUUAAAAAAGGCGGCGCGGUGCGAGGCUUUGGGGGCCUGUGGCUAUUGGUUUUCGCUACCUGCAUAUGAGAGCGUUAGGCGUUUAGAGUGCUCAUGGGAUAUUUGAAAGGUUUCCUAACUGUGGGAGGCAUCGAUCAUUGAAGGUUGGCUUGCUGGCGCUACUUGUAUGUAUGUAUAUAUAUACAUUUGGAAACUUGUUCGAAACAGAAAAUGCCACGUAAAUUUUCUUUGACAUCAGUCCCAGGACAAAGUUCAUCGGUUGCUCUCUGAUAUGGUGUCAAAAAAACUCUAGAUGUGGUGGGUUUUUAGCGUAGGCACGUGUAAACAGAGAAUUAACAUCCACCAAACCUCGCAAGAAAGAGAUUGAAAAAAUAACAAUAAACCCUCUGCUUAAAUAAAACGAACCCUUGCGAAGUUUGCGAAAGGGUACGUUAAUAGCUGAAUGGAAAACUGGAACACCUUAACAUACCAAAAGGGAGAGAAAUAGAGGAAGAGAGAGAGAUAGAAAAGAAAGAAACAAGAAAAGCACCAAGGUCCCCACGCCCAUUCAAUCAAAACAUAUACCCCAUCGAAUUUCCAUUGUCG